AUGAUUAUACAACAACAUCAAUUAUUUUAUACAAAUUAUUCAAUUGAAUGGAAUGAAUGUCAUCUAUCAAUGAUGAGUAAACUAGCUUCGUGGACAACAGAUAUUCUUAAUCAAUCUCAAGGUGAUUCAUUAGCUCAAAUCCAAAGACGAUGGUUUUCAUGAGAAUUGAAUUAUCGAUUAGAUAUAUUUUCUGAUAAAGUAUUAAUACCUGAAUCAAUUUAUUUACUUGAGCUAGCGGUAAUGUAUCGAUGCAGAAAUGGCUGAAAAACAUUUACAUCUGCGCACCGGAUUCAAAUCAAUUUGAGGACGAUUGAACAUGUUUCUUUAAUAAUAUACGCAACUUCGUUCGAUCGAUCGUAUCAUUCAUGGUCGAAGUUCUCGCACAAUGAAUUUCUGUUUUUCAGUUGUUUUAGAGCGAUUAGAGUCUGUUAAAAAUUGAGAAUUUGAGCUGCAAAUAUUGAAAACUUUUUUAAAGCAAAGAUUAACUGAUCUUUUCAGUGAUUGAUGCUUUAUAUGCAUAUUUUGCUCUUACCCUCAACAUGGCCCUGCGUAAAUUCAACCAACUUCUAAAAAAUCAUUUGAUUUCUGAAAAACUAAUAAAAGGCACCAUGUAAACUGAACUUGUUAGACAAACGGUUUAUGAAACAUUACAGUAAUUGGCUCUGACAGUCAGUUUAUAUGAAGCCACAAUUAAUCUGCUACAGAUUUAACCUUUGACGUUAAAGUCUUGACUCCGUGCUAGUAAUAGAUAACAACUUUUAACCUGAAUCUCAGCUAACUGCAACAGUUUCGAAAACAUCUCUAAUAAGGGAUAUUCCCAAUUCGCUUGUUGGCCAUGAAUAUGGAUAAAAAAUGGCCACAUAUUAUGUCAUUUGUUGCUAAGACGGUCUUUUCUCUUUCAUCUACAUUUCUCUGUUUUUCAAUCGCUUCCAUAGCAUAGG